AUGGAGCGGAGGAGGCCUCCGCCCGGGAGGGAAGCCCAGGCCGGCUGGGCCGCCUUGCUCGGCCGGGAGCGGCAGGUAGGGGGCCGCGGGGGGAGCGCCCAGGCCGGGCCAGGUAGAGUGCCUCUGGCCCGGGAGGCUCCACCGGGAGGGAUCUGCAGGCGGGCGCGGGGGCAGCGGGCGGAGCAGCCUCUUCCCAAGGGCGGCCAAGGGGGUCCUCCUCGUCUUCCUCCUCGUCCUCCUCCUCGUCCUCCUCCUCGUCUUCCUCAUCAUCUUCAGCGCCCCCCCCGUAAUUUCCGUAACGACCAUCUUCCUCCUUUUCUUUGUCUGCCGCCUUUCCAUGUUAAAACAGUUCUCGAGGCGGCUCACGACAUGACAGGAUUUAUACCGACAUAACCAAAGACAUAAGCAAUAAAUAGGGCACAUCAAAAGGGGCACAACCCAAUGGAAAACCAAUUUCCGCAUCAAUCAUAAAAUCUAAAACUAAAAUUCCUGCAUUAAUAUCAAUCGCAAUUUAAAAUGACAUCGAUAAAAACAAUAUUUAAAAAGGAGCCCUCUCUGUGGAGCAGCAGCAGCAGCAGGUUCCCCUUCCGGGGAAUCUGGGAGCAGCGCCCUCUUGAGAUUUUCAGAAGCUGGGAUGCAGAAACCUGGCUCCCUCCAGCUGUGGGAUACAGAGCAGAGGCAUCGCAGCUAGUAGGAUCCAGGGACAGACCUCUCCUCCUUCCAGAAUUGGCCCAGCCUCCUUUUGAAGCCGUCCGGGUCAAUGGCCAUCACUGUUUCCUGUGGCAGCGAGUUCCAAAGGCUAUGUGGUGCAUGAAGGAGGACCAAAUCUACGGAUAACGGGAGGCAUGCAAUUUGGGGGGGAGGCGGUGGCGACAGCUUCACAGGAUGUCAAUUGGAGUUUCAUUAUCAUUAUUUAUUAUUUCAUUAAUUAAAUGUCUAUGCCACCAUUCAUCCAAAGAUCACAGGGCUGUUUACAAUAUAGAAGCACAAAAAUACAUACCGUAGUAACAAAUAAAAACCAACCAACCAACCCCCCCCUCCUGUUUUUAAAGACCAUACUUUGUUUAGUUAGCCAAAGGCCUGGAAGAGGAGGAAUUAUUUCGACUGGGGCCUAACGAAGGCGCCAGGUAGGCUUCCCUAGGGAGAGCAUUCCACAAGCGGGGAGCCACCGCAGAAAAGGCCCGUUCUUGUGUUGCCUCCCUCCAGACCUCUCAUGGAGGAGGCACACAAAGGAGCAGCUCAGAUGAUGUUUGCAGAGUCCAGGUCAGUUCAGGUGGGGAGAGACAGACCAUGGGGUUUGGUGGUGCUGAGCCAUUUAAGGCGUUACAGGUUGAAACCAGCCCAGAAACUUACUGGCAUAAAGGUUCUCGUGUUAACUGCAAUUAAUCCAGAAUGCGGCAGCCAGACUGGUGACUGGGAUAAGCCGCUGAGACCACAUAACACCGGUCCUGAGAGACCUACAUUGGCUCCCAGUACGUUUCCGGGCACAAUUCAAAGUGUUGGUACUGACCUUGAAAGCCCUAAACGGCCUCGGUCCAGUAGACCUGAAGGAGCAUCUCCAUCCCCAUCGUUCAGCCCGGGCACUGAGAUCCAGCUCCGAGGGCCUUCUCGGUGGUGGCACUUGCCCUGUGGAACACCCUCCCAUCAGAUGACAAAGAAAUAAGCAACUAUCUGACUUUUAAAAGACAUAUUAAAGCAGUUUUUAAUGUUUAAUGCUGUAUUGUGUUUUUAAUGUUCGGUUGGAAGCUGCCCAGAGUGGCUGGGAAAACCCAACCAGAUGGGCGGGGGAGAAAUAAUAAAUUAUGAUGAUGAUGAUGAGACAGGGAGAAAUACUUUUCUUUCCCCGCCUUUCCCAUGCAUCAUUUUAUACAGUUCUGUCAUGUCACCUCUUGCCUCUUCUGCCCUUGGGCGUUUUCGGUGCCCUUUUCCUGAACCUUUCCCAGCUUUGUCCCCUUCUCUCUGGUCCAGGCGCGUGAGUUCUGCCCUGGGGUGAACGACCAGCCGUACGUGUGCGAGACGGGUCACUGCUGCGGGGAGACCGGCUGCUGCAUCUACUACUACGAGCUCUGGUGUGAGUAGGAGGGAAGGAGGAAGAGGCCUCUGUGUCACAGCAGCGUGGGAAGCUGCCUUGCGUUGAGUCGGAUCCAUUGACCCAUCUAGCUCAGGAAAUCCAACACUGACUGGCAGCAACUCCCAAGAUUUCAGGCUGGGAGGCUGUCCCGGUCUGACACUGGGAAUUGAGCAUGGGGCCCUCUUGCUUGGAAAACCAGAUGCUCAGCCACUGAACUGUAGUCCUCAUGAUUCCAUAUAAAAGGCUGUAUUUAACAGAAACCUCGGAAAGUGCCUUUUGCCAAGUGAGACCCGUUGCGCAGCUCAGUAUUGCUUGUGUAUUAUUUCUUUAGCGCCUCUGCCUUGACGUCCCUGUGGGCCUCCCCAAGGUGCUCUUCAGGCAAACAAGCUCCCCAAGGGGCUGACAUACAAUCCGAACAAGGCAGCCUCUUCCCCCACAGGCUUACUGUCUUUCUUUUAAAUAAAUAUGCACACAGGAAAGGAGCCAGGGAGGAAACAAGAAUCAAAACUCAGCAAAUCAACAGCUUUCUAUGCUGACUGGCAGCUGUGGCUCGUAACCUUAAAAUAAAGCAGGAUUCUAGUCCCCAUGAUUCUGAACAGCUAUUGAACAGCUGCCUUCUCCUGAGAGAGAGAGCCUUGGUCCGUCUAGCUCAGAAUUGUCUACACACUGACAGGCAGCAGCAGCAGCUGACUCUCCCCAAACUACCUAGUAGAGGAGGGCCAGAGCAGGCCUGUUUCCUUCAUAGCUGACCUUCCUCCUUUUUGCCCCUUCCCUGGCAGGGUUCUGGCUCCUGUGGACUGUCCUGAUCCUCUUCAGCUGCUGCUGCGCCUACAGGCACCGCCGCGCCAAACUGCGCCUCCAGCAGCAGCAGCGGCAGCGGGAGAUCAACCUCAUUGCCUACCACGGUGCCUGCAACUAUCCCCCGUCCAUGAUGGAUCUCAGUGAGUGCCUUUUCUCUUGGGCUCUGCCUCGCCCAGCCCCUGUGGGGGCAGCGGGGGGGGGGGGCAGUGCCACGGGGCUGGGAGGGAAGGAGGGAGGGGAGCAAAAACUAAGGGCAGCAGGGGCCAUUGGCGCCUUGGGCCAAUAUCCCCAGAGAUCUCAGGUCCUUCAGCCAGAGCCUGUUUCUCAAACGAGACUCUGGGUCCAGCUGGCAGGCCUCUGGGCCACUCUUUUGCCUGCUGAUUAAAGGUGGUUGGGAGACAGAGGAGUUCAGGGGAAGGAAGGCCCCCUCUCUGAGGAAAAAGGGGUAUAAGGAGAACCAGUAACAAUAAUAAAUAUUAAGAGGGAUAAAUAGGGAAUAGACAGGAAUGGGAUAAGAGAGGAAGCUUGUUACAGGAGCAAAAAAACCAAAUACGUAUCAAAGGACAAAGGGUGAACGAAACUAUCAGGGAUUUGUGAGGUGCAGAGGUACAAGUUGAAUGCAGAAGGAGAAGCGGAGAAUAAAUUACAGAAAAUACUUUGUGAGGCAUGUGGGGUGGGAAAGGAAAAACAUACAAGGAGAUAGCUUCUCCACUUGGAUCAACACAUUGUGGAGGCUGUCAUUAAAACUCCAGAGAAAAUGCCCUUAGCUUGAGGAAAUGUGAACUGUAGACUUCCUUGCUACCAGGAAAACACAUGGCAAAGAAUUCUGCCAUCUCCCAAAAUGGAUUAGGUAUUGAUAGAAAGCAGGGUCAGGAAUUGGCCACUGAUGGUGCCAAAUGCUGCCUCACCUGCCACCCUUUUGGAAGCGGUUCUGGCCCUUCCCGUCCUGUUGUGGCUGGUGGGCCUCAGACAUUUCAAGCCAGCAGGUAAGGCUUGUGAACUAGGGGACUGGAAGAGAUUGGGUCAACUAGGCCAGAACAUCUAGUUCUGGAUGCUUUUUCCUUAAAUCAUAUCCAGCCGAUGCUGUUUUAAGGAGAAGCGUUGAGGGAAACCUUCCGAGCCAGCAGUUGAGCCCCAUGUAGGUGCCCCUCCGUGGAUGUGAAGGCGGCAACUUUUUUGUCAGUUUCAGAACUUGGCACACGCCCCUUAGACUGCAGAACGUUUACUGAACUACAGCUCCCGUCAUCCCUGACUAUUGGCCAUGCUGGCUGGGGCUGAUGGGGGCUGGAGGCCAGCAACAUUCAGUGGCCUACAGGCCAGUGGCCCUUAUUUACGCUUGCUGGCAGGGCCUCUCCAGGUCUUCUACAACCCAGCAGUGCCAGCCCUCGAGCCCAGAAGCUGUGACACGCAGAGCAGUUUGCUUUGCCACUUAAUAAUAAUAAUUUAUUGUUUGUACCCCGCCCAUAUGGCUGGGUUUCCCCAGCCACUCUGGGCGGCUUCCAAGAUUAAAAAUACAUUAAAAUGUCACACAUUAAAAACUUCCCUGAACAGGGCUGCCUUCAGAUGUCUUCUAAAUGUCAGGUAGUUGUUUAUCUCUUUGACAUCUGAUGGGAGGGUGUUCUGUUGGGAUACUGCCAGGGAAAUAAAGUCCAUCAUGGCCCCAAGCCGUCUGCCGGACGAUCCAUCGAUCUCCCGUAGGCACGCAGUAUCAGGGCGGGCACCACCACCGAGAAGGCCCUCUGCUUGGUUCCCUGUAGUUUUGCUUCUCACAGGGAGGGAACUGCCAGAAGUCCCUCGGAGCUGGACCUCAGUGUUGGGGCAGAACAAUGGGGGUGGAGACACUCCUUCAGGUCUCCUGGGCCUUUGAGGCCGUUUAGGGUUUUCAGGGUCAGCACCAACACUUUGAAUUGUGCUCGGAAACCUACUGGGAGCCAGUGUAGGCCUUUCAAGACCGGUGUUAUGUGGUUUCAGCGGCCGCUCCCAGUCACCAGUCUAGCUGCCGCAUUCUGGAUUAGUUGUAGUUUCCGGGUCACCUUCAAAGGUAGCCCCACAGAGAGCGCAUUGCAGUAGUUGGGAGAUAACCAGAGUAUGCACCACUCUGGCCAGACAGUCUGCGGGCAGAUAAGGUCUCAGCCUGCGGACCAGAUGGAGCUGGUAGACAGCUGCCCUGGACACAGAAAUGACCUGCAUCUCCAUGGACAGCUGUGAGUCCAAAAUGACCCCUUCCUGUUGGUACGGCUCUCAGAUGUCUGUCUGCUUCUGCGGCCCUGGGUGGUGCUGAGUCGGUCUCUCUGCCCUCCUCCCCGCCUUCUCCUUCUGCAGGGAUGCUGGCUUCCUUCAAGCUGCCUGCCUACGAAGAGGUGGCCCAUCGCCCGACCACCCCGCCACCCCCCUACAGUGCCAUCCUGGGAGGCUCGGCCAGCCGCCUGGGCUCCAGCACGCUGACUCUGACGGGCAGCUCGGAGAACUAUACCAGCUGCUCUUGUGAGUCCAGCUGCCUGACGUCACCCAGCAGCACCUCUCUGUCGGCUACGGAGGCCAGCACCCCCAGCGAGGGCGAGGCGGAUGCCGAAGGGGCCGGCGGGGGCAGCAGCAGCCCGGGGGGCAGCUGGGAGCUGGCGGGCAAGCUGGCGCCCUGCCCCGCACCCCCCAAGCACGCCCUCUUCUCCUCCAGCGUGGAGCUCUUCGAAGGCGACUCCCGGCGAGUCUCGGACAGCGACGAAGGGCCCGACGAAGAGGGCGAGCACUUCCGCCACCGCCGGCUGACGGGCGACUCGGGGAUCGAGGUGGGGCGUGGGCAGGACGAGGAAGAGGCCGCUGGCGAGGACAGCGAGGAGGAGGCGGCCCACCUGCUGGCCAAAGGGGUCCCCUGCUCUCCCCCGGGCAGCGAGGCCCAGAGCCUGUGUUCGGGGCAGGCGGAAGGCGACCCCGAAGAACUGGCCGCCUCUUCGCCUACGUUGCCUGUCUGA